AUGGCGCCUGAUCAGGUCGAAAAAUGGCUGCGUGGUUUGGGAUCCAUGCUGCCCAGAGAGGCGAUUUCUGCCCUGAUCGAAGAAGUCCAUCGGCGAGGGAUGGAUGGAGAAGCUUUCGACGUGCUGAUAGCAAGUCGAGCGAUGCCGGCUCUGGGGGAUGCAGUGCGCCCGGCACACAUGGCCAUGCUCCGGCGCUGCUGGAAUGCAAACAAGCCAUUCUCUGCAGCUGCGCCAUGCAAGGCAGAGCCCUGCGAGCAAGGCGCAGCUUUGCCAAGGUUUUCACCACCUCCCCGGGGGGAGACAGAUGUGCCUGAGCUGCCAGAGCCACAACAAGAACAUUGUCACCCCUCUGAUGUCCAGUCACCCGAGCGCGAGCCGGAGAAUGGUCACUUAACGUCCACUCCACUGAGUUCCGCUUUAAUGAAGCAGAAGGCUGCGAAGCCUCCGCAGGUUCCCCGCCUCGACCUUUCCUUCGUGCAUCAGAAAGGAAACUCCGACAACCUCAUGAAGCACGAGUGGAAACCGGACAGGCAGAGUCUUGCUGGCUCCGGCGCAGACAUGGCGAACAGGUCUGGCUUCGCCUCGGCGAGUCCCGAGGACCAGCAACGCAUAGCCGAGUUUUAUGGAUAUCGGGACGAGGGCUUCGUGGCUACCAUGGCCGGCUUGCGGACGGACCUCCUCCGGCCUCGAUUGUACGUUGGGAACAUGGCAGACGCUGCCUAUUGGCCAAUGCUGAAAAAGUUGGGCAUCACUCACAUCGUGAAUUGCGCUAUCGAGGCGCAGAAAGUGCCGCCUGCCUAUGAAUCGCAUGGCAUCAAGUACUUGCUGCUUCCUUGGCAAGACCGGGAAGAGGAAACGCGAAACCUGACUCGGCAAAAGUUCAAGACUGUGAGGGGAGCAACGAAGUACAUCUCCACGGCUCUUCAGGGCCGCAACUCGGAGAAUUCCGAGAAUGUAGUCCUCGUGCACUGCGUGCAGGGCCUCUCCCGAAGUGCCGCCUUGGUUUGCGCGUAUCUCAUGGAGUUUGAGGGCCUUGGCUUAGACCGUGCUCUUUCCGAGGUUAAAUCCAAGCACAAAGGAUGUUUGUCGUCACCUCACUGGCAGACCCUGCUGCACAAGUUCAAUGCGGAGUUGCUCCGGGGGUCCUGA